CUCAAACUUUAGAUUCGCCUGUCUCUGCCUCGGCAUGUCUUGUCCGUGACGUCGAGUUAAGCCAAGCCGAAUUUUUUACCUUUUUUCUUCUUCUUCAAACCUCGAGCUCUUCGCAUCGUACCCUGAACGUGCCGAGUUUCCCCCCAUACGUCAUAACUGCGCCGUCUGUUGGGCUGCGUUUUUCAUCCCGCGCCGACGCCGACGCCGCCGACGCCGCCGAUAUCGUGACGCAGACACCUUCAAUGGCCGGUGCCGGGAAUGGGGGUAUCUGAUGUUGCAUCGGAGCUCGAGGUGACAAUGGAGGAGUCGCAAAAUCAGCGCGAUCGUCGCGUUGAGGAGCUCUGGAAGCAGCUCGACCCUGCAGGACAUGGGGAGCUCGACCUCAAAGGACUGCAAAGGGGACUGAGGCGGAUCGACCACCGUAAAUUCCCUCCCCCCUUCCCCCUUUUCCCCCUUUUCCGCGCCCAAGGAUAUCGUACUCACAAUUUGGCGCAAGCUCUGAAAAAUGCCGACCAGAUGCUCAAGACCAUCAUCAGCAUUGUCGACACGAGCGGCGACGGGAAGAUCCAGUACGAAGGUGGGUUUGGAGAGACGGGAAAGUCAAGAGUCGAGCCGGAAACUGAAACAAUGCGAACCUAGAGUUCCGAGUCUUCGUCGAAGCCGCCGAGCGCCAGCUGCUCCUGCUGUUCCGAUCCAUCGAUCGCGACAAAGAUGGACGGUUAAACAAAGACGAACUUCAGAGCGCCUUCCGGCGAGCUGGCCUGUCGGUGUCAAGCAGAAGGCUGUCCGGUUUCUUCAACGAGAUCGACAUGAAUCACG